UCUGGAGUGGGGACUGCGGCCGCAUCUUUCCUCAGGUGUACAGCGCCGGUCCUCCCUGCUGACCAACAGCCGCAAACCGCCGGGGGGCGGGGGAUGCCGGGCUGCCGCAUCAGCGCUUGUGGCCCCGGGGCCCAGGAAGCGACGGCAGAACCCGGGUCCCCGCCGCCGCUGCCCCGGGAGCCCCUGUCAUCCCCUCAGCCCCCUCCCCCAACCCCGACCUUGACCCCGACCCCGACUCGGGUUCAGGCCCCGCCGCUGCCCGAGGGGGCCGGGGAGUCAGCAGGUGUGGCCGAAGGGCAGGAGCUGCAGCGCUGGCGCCAGGGCGCUAGCGGUGGUGCGGGGGGCACGGGGCCCGGUGGGGGCACGGGCGGCGGCUCGGGUGCAGCGGCGGGAGCUGGAGGCCGCGCGCUGGAGCUGGCCGAAGCGCGGCGGCGCCUGCUGGAGGUGGAGGGCCGCCGGCGUCUGGUGUCGGAGCUGGAGAGCCGCGUGUUGCAGCUGCACCGAGUUUUCCUGGCGGCCGAGCUGCGCCUGGCUCAUCGCGCGGAGAGCCUGGGCCGCCUGAGCGGCGGCGUGGCGCAGGCCGAGCUCUACCUGGCGGCGCACGGGUCGCGCCUCAAGAAGGGCCAGCGCCGUGGUCGCCGCGGCCGCCCACCCGCGCUGCUGGCUUCAGCUCUCGGCCUGGGUAGCUGCGUGCCCUGGGGUGCGGGGCGCCUGCGGCGAGGCCACGGUCCCGAGCCCGACUCGCCUUUCCGCCGCAGCCCGCCCCGCGGCCCCGCCUCCCCCCAGCGCUGACCUCAACGCCCGGACCCCUGGCCACCCCGGACAGGCCAUCGCCGAGGUGCCACAGAUUGCGGAUACCAGCCGGAUGGACAGCCUGACCUACAGGAAGAGACAGUCGGGGGUGCCAGGGGCCCAGGAAAGGAGGCUGAGCUCCUCCCCGCUCUUCAGAGCCUCUUCUCUAUGGAACUGGACUCCUGGAUUCACUUCUUCUCUGGGCACCUCCUUCAGGAAGACUUUGAGAAUUAACCCUACACAACCUCAGUGCCCUCCUUACGGGAGCCUUUCACUUCAUAGUGGCAAGGAGCUGGGUCAUGGGGAAAUGUGUCUGUACUAUGAAUUUGUGUAUAUGCACCACAUUUGACUUUGGCUUAUGCUCUACAAUUGGAGAUGUUACUACAGGUCCCUGAGAUACAAUCAGAUUAUUUAAGAGUGCAGCAAGCGUUGCCAAUGUGAAAUGAAAAGGAUUCAUUUUUAAGUCACGGCAUAGCUGGGGUUCCCAUUUUGGUAGACAUCAUUGUUGUGAAGUUUAUGGGAGGCCCGUUUGAGGAAAAACAGUGGUUUGAGAAGUCCCUCAGUUCCCCUCUUCCACUGUCCUGUUCCCCCCAUGUGGAAGCGUUCCUGUGGCGCUUCAGAAAAACAAUCAGCUGCUGGCUCCUGGCGGGGGAACACACCUCUUUUCCAGGAAAAGGUAGUGGUAACAUAAAACAUCUAAGGAAAGUUUUAAAUAAAUAAAAGAUACACAUUUAAUCAAAUAUCCUGAUAAUAGAGGGAAAGGGGCACAUUUACUCAGACACAACCCAGAACUUGGAGAAUUCUGCAAGGUGACUGUAUAUUGAAUCAGUAAAUUUCAGUAAUGUGAGGCAAAUGCCUGUGGUAGUGAGGUUGACUUUGCAAGUGUCCUUGCUGCCUUUUAUGUCUGUCACAGCUCUUUAAGUUGGCAUUUCCUCCAGUGACUUCUGGUUAGUUUUGUUUGGCAGUCUGGACGCGGUUGACUGGAGUGCGGAGUGAUUUCUCCCUUGACCUGGCUCACAGCUGAUCCCCCACCCCAUGAAGUCUUCUCUAUUAAAGAAUGUGAUGAGGAAACUCAGGGAGACUGAGACUGUGUGAUGC